AUGGCCGUUCUCGCGCCGCAGGACUGGCAUCCUCCUAGAGAUCACACCAUGGACGCCGCCCCUUCUGCGCCAUCAGCGACGACCACCACCACAACCGCCCCCGCAUCUGCUCCCAACCCCGCCGUCCCCCGCCAGCGAUCAUCCCCGCCCAAUGACCCCGGCCCCAACAUGGCCCAGCAGCAGCCUUACCCGUACCCGGUGCAGCAGCAGCAAGCCGGCUGGUCGUCCCCGCCGCCCCAGCAGUUCUACCCUGCCUUUUACCAAAAUCAGCAGGCCUACUCCAUCCACGCCCAACAGCAGAUGCACCCCCAGAACGCCUACUACGAUCCUGCCAACGCCCAGUUUGCCCAGUGGGCUUAUCAGCAGAUGAUGUACAACGCCCAGCAGCAGGCCCAUCAGAUGUCCCACGUCCCUCCGCACAUGGGCCAGUCGCCUUCUUCUGUCGGCUCUCAGCGGUCUCGCGGGUCCAACCCGCCCUCCGCCGACUAUUUUGCGCUCAAUCAGAUGCCGGGCUUCAGCCCCUUCCCCAGCGGCACCCCGCCUUCGCAUCCCGCGCAGCUGCCCCAGGGCUAUCUCGACCAGCAGCAGGGUCAGUACCAAGGCUUCCACCCGUAUCGCCGUCCCCCUCGCUCAGGUGGGAGCUCGCACGACGGCUCCUCGCAGGCCGGCGACUGGCGCGCCGGCCCCCAGCAGAUAGACUUCCAUCCCCCGUACGCCCGCUCCGAUGCCGCAGGUUCCUCGUCCUCUGUCAAUUCGGGCUCGAGUCAUCAAUCCGGCUCACAGCGUCCACGCACUAACAGCACGCAGGGCUCUCCUGCCGGUGGCAGCAGCAGCGGGGUUUCGAGUCAUAGUCACAACCAUAGUCAUCCCAAGCCUCCUCCCGGAAGCAGCAGCAACAGCAGCAACGGCCACGGUCGCGGUGGCAGCACUACUUCGGUGACCUCGCAGGGUUCGAACGCGCCCUCUCCGCGCAUGCACACUCGCACAGCGUCGAACUCAUCGUCCAACGCCUCUGCGCCAUCCUCGCGACCAUCUGGCGGUGCUGCCAGUGCAUCCCCGGCAGCAGCGGCAGUGGCGAACCUCCGCAAGCCAUCCCCGCUCUCGCAGGGCACCUUCACAGCCGCUGAGAAGCGUAUGUCGCGCGAUGACAGCGACCUCGCUGCCAUGCUCGAGCCGAUCCCCAACGCACCUGGCGUGCGUAGCGGCGGGCUCAAAGGUCGCCUUCGGCGCGCGCUCUCACUUGGCGCGAACGCGACCUUGCUUGAGGAAAAUGAAGAGGAGGACCACAAGGGCUCGCGCUCCGCCGUCGCAGGCAGCAGCUCCAAUGCAGCCGAUGAUGCGGAGUCGACGGCCACCGUGCAGAAGAAGAAGUCUCGCUCGCUGUUCAACUCGCGGCUAAACCGUUCGACGGACAACAUCUCUCUUUCAUCGACCAUGUCUUCUGCGUCCAUGGUCAUUCGCAAGCUUGGCUCGAUCGGCAAGCUCACGCGCCGGAAUUCACUCGCAGGUAUCACGUCACUAUUUAAGGACAAGAAGGACAAGGAGGAGGAGGACAGCAGCAGCGGCAAGAAGGGUAAGAAAAAGAAAGGUGAAAAAGCUUCUGUUGCGGAGGCGAGUGUGUCGCAUGCAACUGUUGAGCUUGAUCGCGCGGACUGGAGCGGAAAUGUCGACCUCGCUGGACUCAGUCCUGCUGCCCAACUGGCGCGACAACAUACGCUCAAGAGCAACGCAGAGGCGGCCGCCAAGGCCAAGGCAGAGCAGGAAGCUCGCGCUCUGGCUGCCGCCGCUGCUGCGCAAGAGCAAGAGCGCGCCGUGCCGCCCACGUGGGAGAAGAGUACCACCACCUCUCGACAUGGCGAGGUUGCUCCAAACAAGCUCGGCUUUGGCAAAAAGGUUAACGAGGAGGGCAUGCGUCUCGUCGUCGAGGAAGACUCGGAUAGCGCAAGCGAUGGCGGGCACGGCGUGGGCUACAAUAAUAACAGCAACAACACGGAGGGCUGGGAGGAUGACGAGGACUGGGGUGAGGCACAAGAGGAUGAGGACAUGACGAUCCGACAGGAUCUGGAUAACACGAAUCUCGAUGGCGCUGACGACAUGGAGCCGUGGGCAGUGAACGUGCGGCGGAGUAUCGAGAAGGCGCGCCGGCCAGCAAAGGGCAUCCUGAAAAUGCGCGCAGACGGGACGGGCUAUGAGCAGGACGCAUAUCUUCAGCCGAACUCUGGGUUCACGCGUGUGCGCUCAAAUUCGUACGACUCGGCACCCUCGCACCCUGCAGAGCUCGGGCCCCUGGCGCGCAUCCCUUCGCCUGACCCGGAUCACAUCGACGGCCUGCACAGACACACCAGUCCGCAUGGUUCGGUCAACGGACACUCGUCACCGGGCUUUAUUCCGCCGCUCUCGUUCGAAGGUAAUGGCCUCACGCUAGAGUCGCCGAAGGACUCGGACGCCAGCAGCGUGCACUCGGCGGUGCAUGAGAAGACCCUUUUCAGUCACCCCAACUCUUCGGCACCCGCACUUUCCACAUCGUUCUCGUCGCCGAACCCGCCGACAUUGUCCCAACGAUCAGCGACGGCACCCACGAAGCGAUUGGCGUUCGCGUCGAAUCUUUCCGUAUAUGAUACGUUCCCUUCAACUGUUUAUGACAGACGAAGCGAGCCUGCGACUUGGAGUCGGCUGACGCCUGCGCUGGCACAGCGGAUCAAGGAAGAGCUCAAUUCGUAUAAGAUGGAAGAAAUGGAAGUCCAUGCUGCUAGUCGGGUCCACACCCAAUUCUUUGUUUAG